CGUUAGCCACGUGUCUCUCCGAUCUUCUUACCCCCAUUGCACCGCCAUAUAAUAGGGUUCGAUUUCAGAGGAGCUCUGAUACUGAUAGAGAGAGAGAGAGAGAGAAUGGCAGACUCGAAAGCCAAGGAGAUCGUCGCUUCAAAUGCAGUAGUCGUCUUCAGCAAGACGUAUUGUCCUUUCUGCGUCACCGUGAAGAAAUUGUUCACAACACUUGGAGUAACCUUCAAGGUCGUCGAAUUGGACACUGAAAGUGAUGGAAAAGAGAUACAAGCUGCAUUGACUGAGUGGACUGGACAGAGAACCGUGCCAAAUGUUUUUGUUGGCGGGAAACACAUUGGCGGCUGCGAUUCCACAACUGCCUUGCACAAUGGAGGGAAGCUGGUUCCGUUGCUGACUGAAGCCGGAGCGCUUGUCAAAUCUUCCUAAAAGGAUCGGUGCCAGAUGCAAAUUAUAAUAAAAAAGUGUGUAGUUUAUGUUGUUUGUCUGCUUUGCCGAAUCGGGACUAAAACCUUAAUAUGAAUAAAGAUGUCAAUGCCCUAAUGGUUAAUCAAUGUAAUUUUGUCUGCAACCCACAGAAUAAGUGCUUUCUGCAGUGCUGGUCAGUUUGUGUCGUGUCUCCGCCUGUUUCUGGUAAAUUUCUGGAUGCUGUCCGUAAAUUUGGGUUAUGACAUCAGUUUUAUGAUUUGGAGUAA